ACUUUGUUGCAACUCUUGGAGGGAAUGCCCACAAAACACACAGCCAUGAGAUCUGCUGUUCAGAGGGGAAAUCAAGCUGCAUUUAUGACUAUCCUUCAAUAAAAGUGGAUGUUAUCAGGAUGUGGCCAUGCUGUUGCUUAUCUCUGACGUGUGCAGAUGUGCGGGGAGAGACGAGGAUGUUUCAGUCAGAAGAGGACGAGCUGAGCAGUGUUAGGAUGGACAUCACACUCUUAAAAGAGCAAUACAACUCCAUCAGAGACAAACAGAGACGCCAAACUCAGGUGCUGUGCUUCAGAGAAGCUCAAAACAGUGAAGAGAUGAACAAAACUCUAGUGGACGUGGUUCCAGUGUGCCUGCGUUCUCCAACAGCUCCAGUCCAAGAAACCCCGGUCGAGUUUGUCGUGGACUCUGCUGGCGGUCUGUGGCGCACUCAUCUGGACGUGCACCGUCUGACACACACGGCCGAAGCGUCUGAACACAGGAAUCAUGUGUCUUCUGAAGACUCCAGGACGAGCUCAGAGUCAGAGCGGCUCCCGGAGGACUCGAACCAUCAUCUGAAGAACUCCAGUGCUCUGAACUCCAGGAAGAUGUCUGCACCUGCAGUUUUGUCCCGUCAGAUGAGCUUUGGGAGUUAUCGCUCCACACCUGCAGGCUCCAAAUAUUACCCCUUCCCUCAGAGGAAGUGUCCAAGGAAGUCUGAGACCGCCAGGAGACUGGGACUCUACGCCUCAUUUUAAUGAGGAUACAUGACUGAAAAUUCUUUUUUGUUUUCUGGCCUCUAAUAAUGUUUUCAAAAAUCAUUCAUGGAACUGUUCAGAAGUGUUUUAGUUCCUCUGACAUUUUUAAAUGUUACUUAUUGAGAACAUUCAAAACAACGUUUUUUUUUAAAGUAAAUGGGAACAUUCUUAGAACAUGAUUUUGGGCAAAAAAAUGUGCAAUAAACCAAUAGUAUUGUGUAGUGACUGAAAUGAGCUAACAACAAAAACGAUGGCUGUUUCUUAUUGCUUUCUAUAUGACAUGGACAUGGGUGAUAUUCAUGCAGCAUGUAUGUAUUAUAUAUUGAUAUUCAUUGGUUUAUAACACACAAACAUGAUAUUAGAGGAGUUAUUGGCAAGCAAUGGAAUGAUUAGAGACAUCAGUUGCAUUUGCAUCAUAUUAAUAAUGGUUCUUUUGCAUAGUUUGCACAAUCACUAGGCUAAUUAUCUAAUCAAUAUUUGAUGUACAUUGUAAAAAAGUUGUAAUUAUUGGAGUGUUUUAGAAGGAAAUACUAUUUCAGUCUUUCUACUUUAACAUUUCAUGUUUAAUUCAUUGUGUCACUUCUUGAUUCUUUGUAAUUAUUUGUGAAAAUUGUUUUCAAAGUACAUUUCAAUGUGAAUAAUGCAAGAACAAUCAGUCUGUGUAACCUGAUAUUUAUAUAAAAUAAACAUUGAUGA